AUGCCGGCCUACAACUCCAUCUUCAAUGAGGAUCCCAACACGCCUCGCCUAGUCGGCAACUUCCCACUCCUUCCUCUCCGCACAAAGACCCGCGGUCCAGCGUACGCCCUCGCCCCGUCAUCGCUGCCGCCCAACGAGUCGCCCGACCCCGAUGACGAAAGCUACGACAUCCUCGACGAGGUGCUCGCCCUCUUCCGCGCCAACACCUUCUUCCGCAACUUUGAGAUCCAGGGCCCCGCCGACAGACUGCUGGUAUACGGCAUCUGGUUCGUGAGCGACUGUCUGAGCAAGAUCAAGCCCGGGGCGGACGCGCGGGCGGCACAGAAGGAUGUCAUGAAUCUCGCCUUGGACAACAACUUUGCCAUCCCCGGCGAUCCGGGGUGGCCGCUGAACCAGGCGAGUCAUACUUCUGCCACGGUUUUGAACGCAUAG